UAAGGGAUGAAUAGAUAACGUCGUUUAAAUAAUAGUAAAGCAUACCAGAAAAAUCAGAAGGGCGAAAAUGGAUCUAACGGUGGAGGAAGCGGCGGCGGAGCUAAACAAGGGUUUCCAGACGCUGGAGAUCCUUCAAAAAGACCCGGCCGUACCGGUCUGGUUCAUCUACUUGAACCGCCCGGCUCAGCGCAACGCCCUUUCUCUUCCCUUCUUCUCCGAGCUCCCACGCGCCCUCGCACUUCUCGAUCGCAUCCCCUCCGCGCGUGCCCUCGUUCUCUCCGCCCGUGGCCCCCACUUCUGCUCCGGGAUCGACCUCUCCUCCCUCAAAUCCAUCUCCUCCUCAUCCGACGACGAUCGCGCUGCGGCUGCUGAGGAACUUCGCCGCCGGAUCCUUGACCUUCAAUCGGCUAUCACGGCUCUGGAGCGGUGUCGGAAGCCGGUGGUGGCGGCUAUCCAGGGAGCUUGCAUAGGCGGCGGGGUGGACCUCGUGGCGGCGUGCGAUAUCCGGUGCUGUGAGGAUAAGGCCUACUUUGCGGUCAAAGAGGUGGAUGUGGGACUGGUCGCGGAUCUCGGGACACUACAGCGGCUUCCCAAGAUCGUCGGCUUCGGCAACGCCAUGGACCUCGCGCUCACGGGACGAAAGGUGUCCGCCGGCGAGGCAAAGGCGAUGGGGCUCGUUUCCAGAGUUUUCGCCGACCCGGCAAAGAUGGACGAGGGGAUCUUCGCUCUGGCCAAGGAGCUAGCUGCGAAGCCGGCCCUGGCGUUGAUGGGGACGAAGGCGGUGAUGAUGAAGAGCAGAGACAUGGCGGUUGAGAAGGGGUUGGACUACGUGGCCACGUGGAAUGCCGGGAUGUUGAGGUCGCGGGAACUGGAGGAAGCUGUGCUCGCCAAGCUCCAAAAACGCAAACCCAACUUCUCCAAGAUGUGAUGUUGCUGCUACUGCUUCUUUGCGUGGGGGGCUUGUUCAACAUCUAUAUAUUUAUAUAUAUUUAAAAAAAUAAAUAAAUAAAUAAAGGGGAUGGUCUUUGUAUUGAUAUUAUUACAAGAAAAUACAAGAUAGGUUGUACAACGAGAAAUUUCAGAUGAUUUUAUGGUAUUCAGACUAAUGAUA